AUGCUUCGAAACAUCCUGUUCUCUGCCCCACGCAGAGGCGUGUCUCGUAGCUGCACCAUCGCAGCACCGCUGGUCUCGCGGGGCGCCGCGCGCGCGCCGCUCCGGCUCGUGAGCGCGCGCUUCCAGCACAGCGGCUCCGACGGCAACAACAAGCGCAACAGCGACAAGCGCGACAACGACAAGCGCGACAAGAAAGACCCCAAAGACGAGGACUUCAAGAGCCUGGGUGAGUACUUCCGCUCUAAGCAGUUCGCCAAAACCGUGUAUCUAACGGUCGGCUUCACCUUUCUGUUCCACGUGCUGACGUCGCCGGGUGCUGACUCCCAGGACGGCCCGCUGCUCACGUUCCAGGACUUCAAGACCAAGUACCUGGAGAAAGGCCUGGUCAAGAAAAUAUACGUCGUCAACAAGUAUGUGGUAGAAGCCGAGCUCCUGCCGCAGGCCGCCGAGGGCCUGGGCACCGGCAACGGCUUCUUCUCGCUGCCUAACUCGUCUCCUAUCGUGGCUUUCACGAUAGGGUCCAUCGACGUCUUCGAGGAGCAGCUUGACCAGAUUCAGGACAAGCUGCAGAUUCCGCCCGACGAACGCAUCCCCGUCACCUACGUCGAGAAGGCCUCGCUUCUGCAGUACCUUUUCCCUUUCAUCCCCACCGUGAUCUUGCUCGGUGGGCUGUACUUCAUCACCCGCCGCGCGUCUGGCGGCGUUGGCGGCCCCGGCGGGGGGCCCAUGGGUGGUAUGUUUGGCGUUGGCAAGUCCAAGGCCAAACUUUUCAACAAAGAAACCGACAUCAAGGUUAAUUUCAAGGACGUGGCCGGCUGUAACGAAGCUAAGGCCGAAAUUAUGGAGUUUGUGCAUUUCCUGCAGAAGCCCGACAAGUACAAGGCACUGGGUGCGAAGAUUCCUCGCGGGGCCAUCUUAUCCGGCCCCCCAGGUACCGGUAAGACUCUCCUUGCCAAAGCAACAGCCGGUGAGGCCGGGGUCCCCUUCCUAUCCGUUUCCGGUUCCGAGUUCGUGGAGAUGUUCGUAGGUGUCGGUGCGUCUCGUGUACGCGACCUCUUCGAAAACGCCCGCAAAAUGGCCCCCGCCAUUAUCUUUGUCGAUGAGAUCGACGCUAUCGGCAAAGAAAGAGGCAAGGGCGGCGCCAUGGGUGGCGCCAACGACGAGCGUGAAGCAACCUUAAAUCAGCUUCUGGUUGAAAUGGACGGUUUUGGUACCAACGACCAGGUCGUGGUUCUGGCAGGUACUAACAGGCCAGACGUUUUGGACCCCGCUUUGCUGAGACCAGGCAGAUUCGACCGCCACAUUCAGAUCGACGCCCCGGAUGUGGAGGGCAGGAAGGCCAUUUACCAAGUCCAUCUGAAGAAACUUAACUUAAGCCCCCGUUAUGCUUCACCUGGCGAAAAAGAGAUGCUGGCAGGCAAACUCGCUGCUCUGACUCCCGGUUUCGCUGGUGCCGACAUCGCCAACGCCUGUAACGAAGCGGCUUUGAUUGCUGCCAGAUACAAAAAGCCAUUUGUUGAACUGGCGAACUUCGAGCAGGCCAUUGAGCGAGUGAUCGCCGGUUUAGAGAAGAAAUCCCGUGUUCUGUCUCCAGAGGAGAAGAAAACUGUUGCAUAUCAUGAAGCUGGCCACGCCGUGUGUGGUUGGUACCUGCAGCACGCGGAUCCCCUUCUUAAGGUUAGCAUAAUUCCAAGGGGCCAAGGUGCUCUUGGGUACGCCCAGUACCUGCCACCAGACCAGUACUUGGUGUCUCAGGAACAAUUUCAGCACCGUAUGGUAAUGGCGUUGGGAGGAAGGGUUUCUGAGGAGCUACAUUUCCCCUACGUCACAAGCGGCGCUCAUGACGACUUCAAGAAAGUUACCAAUAUGGCAAAUGCUAUGGUUACUAAGUUGGGUAUGUCCCGUGUCAUGGGCUACAUUGCCUAUGACCAAGACAACAGCGGCGUUCAGGUGAACAAGCCGUUUAGCGAGCAAACUUCACGCAAAAUAGAUCUCGAGGUCAAAAAGAUUGUCGAUGAGGCGCAUCGCCAAUGCAAGCAACUCUUGACGGAUAAUUUACAAAAAGUCGAUGCCGUAGCACAAGAGCUGCUCCGCAAAGAGGUCAUUACAAGGGAGGACAUGAUACGGCUGCUAGGCCCCAGGCCUUUCCCUGAGAAGAACGAGGCUUUCGAAAAGUACCUCGAUCCUAAGAAAGAUGACGGCAACGUCGUUAAUGCAUGA